CAGCCAUGCAAGAGAGAGGGAGAGAGACAGAGAAAAAGAAAGGAGGGAGUGAAGCAGAGAUUCUUUCCUAUCUCAGCAGCCACAAAGAUUGCCAAUGAAAAAAGAAAACAAAUAGCCCCUGGAACCACAAGUGUGUUCUGUAAACUGAUGCCCCAAGGCAGAUAUGAGAAAGAUGACUGAACAGAGUGGUUGCUACAGGGCUGUGGAUGUCCAGGGGAAUAAGAUCAGUUAUAAAGGUUCUGGUCAAGAAAGCCCUGAGAUGGGGAUGAAAAGAUUGCAGAAACGAUUUCUCCACAAAGAUGGCAGCUGCAAUGUGUACUUCAAACACAUCUUUGGAGAAUGGGAGAGCUACGUAGUGGACAUCUUCACCACCUUGGUGGACAUCAAGUGGCGCCAUAUGUUCGUGAUAUUCUCGUUGUCCUACGUCCUUUCAUGGUUGUUCUUUGGACUGGUCUUCUGGCUGAUAGCAAUCCAGCACGGAGAUUUAUUCAAUGAUGAAGAAAUAACCCCUUGUGUUGCAAAUGUCCACAGCUUCACGGGAGCAUUCCUCUUCUCCCUGGAAACCCAAACCACCAUCGGCUACGGUUCGCGCUGCGUUACGGAAGAGUGCUCGGCUGCCAUCCUCAUGGUCAUCCUGCAGUCAGUGCUAAGCUGCAUUAUUGACACCUUCAUCAUUGGGGCAGCUUUGGCUAAAAUGGCCACGGCUCGCAAAAGAGCUCAAACCAUUCGAUUCAGCUACUAUGCUGUUGUAGGUUUAAGGGAUGAUAAAUUCUGCCUGAUGUGGCGCAUCGGGGAUUUCCGGCCAAACCACAUGGUUGAGGGCUCUGUACGGGCUCAGCUGCUGCGCUACAAGGAAGACAAAGAAGGGAGAAUGACAAUGGAAUACAAGGACUUGAAGCUCCUAAAUGACCAGAUCAUCCUCGUUACACCCGUGACAGUCGUGCAUGAAAUUGAUAGUGAGAGCCCCUUGUACGGCCUGGACAGGAAAGCUCUGGCCAAGGACAACUUUGAAAUCUUGGUCACUUUUGUCUAUACGGGGGAUUCAACAGGGACUUCACAUCAGUCAAGGAGCUCCUAUGUCCCCAGAGAGAUUCUUUGGGGCCAUAGGUUUAAUGAUGUCUUACACGUGAAGAAAAAGUACUAUAAGGUGGAUUGCUUGCAGUUUGAAGAGACCACAGAAGUUUAUGCUCCUCACUGCAGUGCCAUGCAGCUGGAUCGGAAGGAGCAAGAGUGGAACCGAACUGAGAAGACCCGGGACAAAGAGGCAGAGACAUCAGCAGUGGAGAUCAAGUCACUGGCUACUAACCAAAAGUCAAUUAGUGCAGUUGCCCUCAUCACCAGUUGUGAGGAUCCAGAAGACCCAGUGACAGCUGUCAAUCAACCUUCUGAAGAGGUUUCUUAUAAGAAAGCAGCUGUGACCUUAAGCAGGCUAUCAAUAGAGUCCCAAAUCUAGAUUUCACUGCAAUUAAAAUCACUUCCAACACGUUGUCCCAGCACAGCUUUUAGGAUAUAAAAAAAUGAACUGAUGUGCACAAGUAUUUAUGUUAUAAACCUUGGUGACAGCACACCCACACCAUAAUGCAUUGCUAAGCUGCUAGAAGGAGCUUCAUACUGGUUAGGGUGGGUAAGAGAUUAACACUGCCACAAGAGAAAUGCUUACAUUUGGGUUGACUGGACAGCUAGUGCACUUGAGCAACUUACUGUAAACUUUAUUAGCCUGCAGAGACCAGUGUUGGAUGUGUCCAGAGACAGAUAAUGAUCCAGGUAGGGACAAAAGCUAUGCAGUAUGCCCUCUUGUUCAGAUUUUUCAAAGCUGCCUAAUUUAUUUGCAAGGUCAGUUCCCAGUCCCUCCAGAAGGCUCUAAAACUCCCUCACAAUCACAACAAACAGUUGUGCUUUGGUUAAAAUUGCCCCUUUCUAACAGUUCAAAUGAAGUCUCCAUCCUGAGGUUACAUUGGUGGAUUUAUGCGUCUGGUCUUUGGAGGAGAACUGGCAGGAAUAACUGAAUACAGGAUUGCUGGGUAGCUUUGGGAUCCUGCUUACACCUUGCCUUGUCUUGUGGGAUGCACAGUGGGAUCCUGAGGAGCUUUUCCCAUUUCCUAGUCGUGAGCCAUUCCCAGAAGUGCUGCUUGAGGUCUGUCAGCUGCAUGGGAGCUGCAUGAAAUGUCCAUGAGCUGCAUCUGGGGGCUUGAAGAGCUGGGCAGAAUGGUUCCUUUCCACUCUGAGAAAUCAAGAUGAAGUUUGAAAUCAAAAUCAGCAAAAUCAGGUUGAGCCACAGAGAGGAGAUCAAGUUCCUAGGGGGAGCCAUGCAAUAUUUUAAAUCAAAAUGUCUUUAGUUGCAGAAUGUCAGCCUUGCUUUGCUUUUCAGGAUAUUAUAUUUCUUUCGA